UCUCCCAGGCUGCCGGGCCAGAGCGGUUCGUAGACUUCCGGUUGCCGAGGCCUAGAAUUCUGAGGCUCCCUGCGGAUGAGAAUUGAGCUGUCCGUACAGCCAGGAAACUCGGGGUUACAGCACCGAGGGGGUCCAUGGCUCGAGAUAUAAGUCCUGAUCUUCGAACUAAAUAGAAAGUUCCAAGAAGGAGUGAAGGAUGAAGCUCUACAUAUAGUAGCUGCUCGAUAAACCUUUACCUAAGAUUAAAAGGAAUUCCAUGAAGACACCACUAGCUGAAAUAAUGGUUUUUGAUUUCACGGAGUAAAUUCUCAUUGAGAAGAAACUGUGGAGACCAGAAGGAAGAGGCAUAAUACUGUUCAAAUGCUGAAAGUAAAGAACUAUCAUCCCAGAAUACUUAUAUCCAGUGAAAAUAUGCUUCAGGAAUGAAGGAGAAAUCAAGACAUUCUAUGAUAAAAGAAAACUAAGAGAAUUUGUAAGACUUACCCUAAAAGAAUGGCUAAAAACCCUACAGAUAUCCAAAAAUGAUUGAGAUUGAACAGGCAGAGGCCCAGCUCUCUGAGUUAGACCUGCUAGCCAGUAUGUUCCCCGGUGUGAAUGAGCUCAUAAUGAAUGACCAGCUGGCUUUAGCAGAGCUAAAAGAUUGUAUUGAAAAGAGGACAAUGGAAGGACGAUCUUCAAAAGUUUACUUUACUAUCACUGUGAACCUGGACAUAUCUGAGGAAGCAAUGGUGAUGUUUUCUCUGGCCUGUGUUCUUCCCUUUGAAUACCCUGCAGUUCUACCUGAAAUUACUGUCAGAUCAGUAUUAUUAAGUAGAUCCCAGCAGGCUCAGCUGAAUACAGAUCUGACCACAUACCUACAGAAGAAUUGUCUUGGACAUGUCUGUAUAUUGAAUGCCACAGAGUGGGUUAGAGAACACGCUUCUGGCUAUGUCCGCAAAGACAACACACCUUCCCCUGCUCCAGGAAGUACAGUCCAGCCAGUUGACCUCAUUCUUACAAGACUCUGGAUCUACAGCCAUCACAUCUACAACAAAUGCAAACGAAAGAACAUUCUAGAGUGGGCAAAGGAGCUUUCCCUAUCUGGGUUUAGCAUGCCUGGGAAACCUGGUGUUGUUUGUGUGGAAGGCCCACAAAGUGCCUGUGAAGAAUUCUGGUCAAGACUCAGAAAAUUAAACUGGAAGAGAAUUUUAAUUCGCCAUCGAGAAGACAUUGCCUUUGAUGGUACAAAUGAGGAAAUGGAAAGACAAAGAAAAUUUUCAGUUUUUGAAGAAAAAGUAUUCAGUGUUAAUGGAGCCAGAGGAAACCACAUGGACUUUGGUCAACUGUAUCAGUUUUUAAAUGCCAGAGGAUGUGGGGAUGUUUUCCAGAUGUUCUUUGGUGUGGAAGGACAGUGAGCAGAGGAGUUGAAAGUGUUUUGCUACUAUUGGUCUUUUGACUUUCUCCCUGACUCUUUCUUGAAAGAUUAAGUAAUUUCACUUUAGUCCCAUUCUAAAAUGUUAAGGGGGAAAAAAAGAGGAAAAGUAGUAUAACUGAAAUGCAUCUGUUAAAAAUAUUCAUGAUUGAAUGCAGAACUGAGUUUUAAAUUAUAAUCUUAAAAUUGUUGAUAGACAUGUCUUGACAUAUAAACUACCUAUUUUGAAAGAGAAGUUAAUUAUAUUUGAGGACAAUAGUGUUGGUGAUACUUGCCACUUAUUUCCAAUCCCCUUCCCCUUUAUCUGCCUCCACUAAGAACCUGGGAAAGCUUAAUGCUCACUCUGUCCAGGCUCUCUUGCAGCUGGGGCGGGGGUAGGGGGAGCAGGGAACCUUUGGGAAAACUUUUGCUUCCCUGAUUAAAAUGAUAGAUGCAGCUAGGGCACUUCUUCCCUCUCUUUCUGUCCGAAAUACCAAAGUGAUGGCUGGAGCUGCAGUAGUCCUUUCAACCACGAGGGAAGGAAGGGCCAAAAGAGCCACAGAGAUGCCAGUCCUCAAGCUGUUAAACUACUGAUCGAACACUAGCCGCUGCCUAUCUCUAGACAGCUUAUUAUGAAAUAAAACCAGUUUUAUUUAUAUUUCUGUGCCUGUUACUAGCAGUCAAAAGCGAGUUUGCCAAAUACAUUUUUUUCAAAGCAUUAGUUUUGCACCUACCCCAGGCAUUUGAUACAAAGAUUAGUGAAAUUUUUCUUAAACGGAGUUUUCAGUUCAUCUCUAUUUUUGUAUACUUAAUGCUCUGCCCUGCUCCUUGGCUCACCUCACAGAAGUCUUUGAAGCACGAGCAGAGCUCAAACUUUUUAAUAGGCCUCAACUAUUCAUCAAACUGGUAAUUUAGAGCAUUCGUUCUUGGAAAAUUGGAUUUUGACAAAUUUUUCUCUCUGGAAGUGGCUUUCUGUAAAUUUAUUUUCAGCAAAUUGACCUAGAGUCAAAUAAACACACUAUCUGGAUUUUGAGGCCCUCCAUAAAUCAGUUUCCAAAGUGUUUAUUAAAUAUUUACUAAUUGCUAGCACUCAGCUUGGUACUGUGUGUUGGGUAUUCCUUGAAAAGUCAGACUUGGAUAGAGGAGUGGGCAUGGGGGACAUAAUGCAUUGUUUAUCUUAGUAAAAAGUUGGAGGCAAUGUACGUGCCCAUCACUAAGUGAAUCACUAAAUACAUUAUGCUACAUACUAUCCAAGUAAAAAUCAAAAGUAAUAAAGUGGAACUAACACGGCAAUGUGGAUAGAUCUUAAAUAUAAACACAAAUAAGAAUCCGAGUGGUAUUCAUAGCACAGUGCCUAUAUUGGCUGCACAUCUUACGUGCCUCCUCAGAUUCCCUCCAUGCUGCCCACCUCCCCAGUGCCCUGUCAGUUGCCCUUUGCCCUGGAAAUGCCAGUCCUUCCUCCGCUGCCACCACACAGCCAGCUGGACCAGCUGGACGUUUAGUUUCUGACUCCCUCCAGCCACUUCCAGAUUUGGGUGAAAUACCCCACAGAGCAUGAGACUGACAUCCCUAGAGGCCACCAAAGGGGCCAGAUGAUGCACAUGUUACUUUCAGCAGGACUAAAUUGCUGUAAUUUUUUUAGUCUUUGUACAUUAUUUUAUUAAAAACACAUUGUUAUGUGUAAAUAUAUAGAUCUCGUGUAAUAUAAAAACAUAGACUACAAUAAUGUAGCAUUAUAAGUUUUCUUCCCAGACAGACCUGUCAAAUUUAGACAUUGGACUGUUAACACAGUGACCAAGAGAAGUACAGAUUUUCCAACCUCAUGAUUAAUAAAUUUUUUUGGAGAGUGGAUGGAAGUAUUAGAAAACAGCAAAUUAGAUGGUCCUGCCUACAUUAUAUAAUGUAAGAGACACAAUAAAAGCUGUAAGAAACUAUAGUUAAAUGUUAGAGGCAAUAUAGCUUUCUUAGACUUUUACCAAUGAUUAUGCACUUCAUAUAUAGACAUCCUUAAAUAUAAAAUUGUUCAGUAUGUAUCUUUAUUCCACAGUGACAGUUUGUCAUGUAUUAAUCUGAAAAAUAUCUUGAACUGGAAUCAUCUAUAAAGAAAUAAUGAUAAACCCUUAAAAGAAACUGUUAGUCCCAAAUCAAAUCAUGUUUAAAAAUUAAAAGAUCUAUAGAAAGCAAGAGCGGAGGCAGGAAACAUUGGCUACAUGUCCAUUUUUAUUCGUAAAAGUAAUUUCUGUACAAACAACAGUAUUAUUGAGUCAAGUAAAACAAAACAAAAUUUAAACAUUCUAGAGUUAAUCCCACAAGCCCAAAUGUUCAGUUUGGAGUAACAAAGUCAAAGCCAGUCCUACCAUCUGCACAUUAAUUUGAUAAACUGCAUUAAAACAAACAACAAAAAAACUGCAUCUGCUGCGGUGCACAACUGAUGAUUACUUUCGGCACUUGUAUAAAAAUAACUGUGACACCGUUUUGUUUUCGGUUUUGAUUUUAGAAAGCUGUGUAUCAGGGAAACCCAACAUAACGUAUCAUUCGUGAAAUUCCAUUAAAGCUACAAGGCAGCCAAGAGUUAAAGGCAUAUAAGGACAGGUGCACGUACAUAACUUGCCAGUCCGCUGUCCCCCGAAACAAUGAUUACAACCACAUAGUACAAACUGGGCCCACAAAAAUUCUGCAAAAGGGGGUACAAGGAGCAUGUGCUUCCACUUAAGCACAAUCUGGCAAUCUGAUCCCACCGCGUCGAGGAAGGAUGGAGGCCUUAAUGCCCUUUGCGGACCCCUUCGAGGAACAGGGCCUGGCGAGGGAGGAUUCCGGCUCAUAAUGAAAGGCAGGUGCCUGGCUACUCAUGGAAACCGGGGUUCCGAGCGGCUGCCAAGAGCGCUGGGCCUUAACGGACACCACUGCCUUCUCGUACAACCCCGCACCUCCACCAUGCAGCACCGCCGCACGUGCAGCUACGAACGCAGCUGGGAGGGCCCCCUAGGACGCUUCACGCAUGCGCCUCGCCUUCGUCGGUGCGCCCCAGAAGCACAAGCCCGUGAGGGUCGGAGACGUGGUGAGCGCUGGGUAGUUGGGCAGGUAGCCUAACCGAAGCUGGGACAGCUGGAUUCGGAUCUGGCGAAAGGAUUCUGACCCUGGCUUGAGUCCUGCGCUUGUCUUUCGGACGAGGUUCCUGCAACCGUGCCAGCUGCAGCUCUGGUGCGGAGAUACGGUUUUUGUUGCGUUGUUGUUGUUGUUGUUUUAAUACUUAUCUUUUACUCUCUCGGGAUUUCCCGGAUGUUGCUAACAGCUGGGAUGAUUGGAGGAAUGAUGCUCUCUGGGACCUGGGUGGCACCUUCGAGGUUCAGGGUGUCCCUCGAUUUUAACCAGGGAAUUACUGAAAUGGAGGCUUAUUUUUUUUUAAUAUUAAAAAAAAUUUAUUUGGUUUUAAACGGAUACAUUUUUUGAAAGAAAUUUAAGUAGUUUCAGAGAAGUUUAAAUGACAUGUGUUCUCAACAAUAUUGUCUUCCUGAGAUAGUUUGAGGUUCUAAUUUAUGAUUCUUUAAAUAACACUAAGUUUAACCCAAAAUGCAAUAUGAUAGGAAAAAGUGAUUUUUUUCAGAAAGAAAAUUCUUAAGUUCAUUGGCCUAAAGUUCUUAUUUUACCUGAGUUCUUUUUUCAAAAUUUAUUUUUUUGAAGUAUAGUUGAUUUACAAUGUUGUGUUAACUUCUACUUUACAGCAAAGUGAUUCAGUUAUACGUACACAUACAUUCUUGAAAAAAGUAAUUUUUGAUACACCAUCACUUUUGUUCUUAAAAUAUUUUCAAAUUAUCUAUUUUCGAAUAGUUCCUAAAUAAUAAUUUGAUUUGGAUGAUUGAAUAUAGGAAUUUUGCUCAUACAGUAUGGAGGCUUAAUUCCCCACCCUCCCCAGGGUGUUUGGCAUUUUGGAUUUUGUAAACUUGUUCUCUUGCUUUUCCCCACCCCCAAAAUAUAUGUAAAUAAGUGUAAGCAAUAUAUUUUUACUAGAAAAGAUGACCAUUGUAGAAAAUGUACAAAUAACUGGAUGUAAAACUCACCCAUAAUCUCCUGCCUAAGAAGACAAAUUUUCA